UGGAUUUUCCCGGGAAAACUGUGAAGAGGAAACAGCUCACAACCCAAACCCCAAAAGGAAGAGGAAGAAGAAGAAGAAGUGGUUCGAUUCCACCAUCUUCCCUUCCUCAAUGGACCAUUCGAAUACUGUUCCUCCUUCUCCAUCUUCUUCUUCUUCUCCUUCUUCUUCUUUUUCCUCUCAUCGCGUGGAGCGAAUGAUAAACUCGAACCACUACAAGUCCCCUUCGAGAACAAUCUGCUCCGACAGGUUCAUACCCCCUUACUCUUCCCUCCUCCGCACGGCGCUAUUCGGACCCGAUGCACCGCUCACGCCCGAUAAGACCAGCCACAACAUUUUUCGUUACAAGACGGAGACUCGCCAGUCCAUGCACUCUCUCUCCCCCUUCAUCCACAAUGACGACGUAGUUUCCACUGUUAAUCAUACCCCUGUUAAGCCUCCCAGGAAAAUUCCCCGUUCACCAUACAAGGUUCUGGAUGCGCCUGCGUUGCAAGAUGAUUUUUAUUUGAACCUCGUGGAUUGGUCUUCGCUCAAUGUUUUGGCUGUUGGUCUUGGUAACUGCGUUUAUUUGUGGAAUGCUUGUAGCAGCAAGGUAACUAAAUUGUGUGACUUGGGGAAUGAUGAUUGCGUUUGUUCUGUUGGGUGGGCUCAGCGCGGUACACUCCUUGCUGUUGGAACUAAUAGUGGUCAAGUUCAGAUUUGGGAUGCAUCUCAAUGCAAGAUGAUAAGAACUAUGGAAGGUCAUCGUUUACGAGUUGGGGCCUUGGCCUGGAGUUCAUCUCUUUUAUCUUCUGGUGGCAAGGAUAAAAAUAUUUAUCAAAGAGAUAUACGUGCACAAGAUGAUUUUGUCAGUAAACUGUCCGGGCACAAGUCAGAGGUUUGUGGACUGAAGUGGUCUUAUGAUAACCGUGAGUUAGCAUCUGGAGGAAAUGAUAACAGAUUGCUUGUUUGGAAUCAACACUCAACUCAACCCGUCCUGAAGUACUGUGAACACACGGCAGCUGUUAAAGCAAUAGCGUGGUCUCCUCAUGUUCAUGGACUCCUUGCAUCUGGAGGAGGAACUGCAGAUCGAUGUAUUCGUUUCUGGAAUACAACCACAAACUCACACUUAAGCUGUAUGGACACUGGAAGUCAGGUUUGCAAUCUUGCCUGGUCUAAGAAUGUUAAUGAACUGGUAAGCACACAUGGCUACUCCCAGAACCAGAUAAUAGUUUGGAGAUACCCCACCAUGUCUAAGCUCGCAACUCUUACAGGCCAUACUUAUAGAGUUCUCUAUCUUGCCAUCUCUCCAGAUGGGCAGACUAUUGUCACUGGUGCUGGAGAUGAAACACUUAGGUUUUGGAACGUAUUCCCUUCCUUAAAAUCACAGAAUACUGAGAGUGAAAUUGGAGCAUUAUCUUUUGGGAGAACAAUUAUUAGGUGACUCCACUCAUAUUUCUGACUUGAUUCAAACUCUGGAUUACUGUGCCGAAAGAAAUUUCAGUGGGAAUAGCAUGGUGGAAAGUUUUGCUAAAAUACCGAGUCAUCACCAUGGUUUUAUCUACCAACUGGGGAAGCUCUUCAGGGAGCUAUGAAGUUGCAACAAGAUUGCUAGUGGUGGAAAAUCCAUGCCAUCGAUGGCAAGUCUCGAGCACCUUAGAUUUAUUUGUACAUGUUAAGGGAGGUAUAACCAAUUUUGUUUCUCCUUCUAUGGUUAUGUUUUAUUCUAAUCUAUGAUGGUGCUUGAGUUUGCUUCUCCCAGCCUUGCAGCUUUCCUUGCCAUGUAAUGAAACUAACUGCCUUUGUAUAUAAUAAUAAUAAUAUGAAUCAUGGUAUCUAGGAAGAAUUUGGGUAUGCUUACAAAACAAACUGGGGCCGAUUUUUUCUCUCGACCCUUGAUGAAAUAGUCA